AUGAGGUUGGUAUAUUGGCUGAUUACAUUUGCAGCACUCGCGUUGGCUGCCGACCCAGCCACUACAACAGGAACUACAGGAACUACAGCAAAUGCUGCUACAACGGCCACGGCACAAACAACAACACCAAACACGACCUCUACCACGGCAACAACGCCUACAGCUGCCACUACUGGAACUACAGGCACGACCACCACUCCUGCUAACGCGGCUACUACAGCGACACCAACUACUGCUACAACUGGAACUACAGGAACCACGGGAACUGGCACCACUGGCACCACUGGAACCACCACGACGCCAGCCAACGCAGCUACUACAGCCACUCCAACAACAGGAACUACAGCAACAACGGGUACAACAGGGACAGGUACCACAGGAACCACGACAACUCCGGCGGCAGCGGCUGCCGCAACCACUCCAACCACCUCGACGUUGACAUCCGAGUCUACCAACAGUGACCUCACUUCUACAGAUACAGGCUCUACGACUGCGUCUCCUACUAUUGCAUGGCGUACAACAACGGAGGCUGGCGUUGUCAAAACAUUAUCGAUCACGUUCUCGCAGAGUUUCUACUCCUUGUAUUCUACUAUUGAGUCAUGGUCGACAGGAUCUGUUGGUUUGGGGAGCCUCGCUACCUCCGGACAGACUGUGGGUACAGUUAAACAAUACCGUACCAUUACUAUCUCAUCGUCGGCAGCUAAAUGA